UCAUUUUAGCAACGAAUUAAAGAAAAUUCAAAAAAAUAACGACAAUGUUAAAUACGUUGCGCAAUGCUGGCUCCCUUCCCGUUUCAAUGGACACCGAAAAUGAAAGCACAAAGAAGAAACUGCGACCUGUGCUCUACAAUAGAGCUCAUUCUACGAGUCCAGUAGCUCCGAGACCACAAGACCCUACUCAAGCAAAAAAUCUGGCGAAAUACAGAAGAUGCCAAAGCCAUUCACCGUCGAAUGAGAAACAAAAUCCAAAUAUUCAAUUAUUCGACUCUUUGAAACAUACGCAACAAACGACUUCGGCGCCACACAAUUUGAACAAUGGGAUGACACCAAACUAUCAUAUAUAUCAAGAGCCAGAAAAAGACGUAAUCCUGCCACAAUGCAUAAUUAUAAAAACGAUGCGAGCAUUGGCAACAAGGAAAAGAGAAUUUCUUAAACUUAAGAAGAACUUAAUUGCGCAACAGAAUUUGGUGCUGGAACAAUAUGCGUUACUUAAAGAACUGGAGACGCGCGUUGGAGCUCCUGACGAGGCUUUGAGUGAUAUACGUGUUCUGACACUUAGAGGUUGGCCAGCGCACGACAUUCUACUUCUGUUGAGGGAUGAUCUUAAUAUAAAGCGAACAUCUGAAAUAAGCGGCAUUUUCGGUCCCCAAGUUCUGCAGCAGUUAAUGGCACAACUGAAUCCAGUUCCAGAAGAGGUACUCAGUAUGGGAGCAGAGUUGAUGGCUCGUCGAAUAGAACUGCUGAAAUUGCUGCGUUGCAAGCACCGCAGCGACCGCGCUACUUAUCUUACUAAUAUGGAAUGGAAAGCAAAAAACGACGAUUUUGAUACAGAAACAGAACAGCUACAAAGAAUGGUGGCCGGAACCGCAGAAAAUCUAAAAGCCAAGAUGACAUAUUCCAUUGAACUGGCAAAAAUACCAUGGAUAGAUCGUGAUUCUUAUACAAAGAAAAUUGAACGAUUGCAAAAAGAGAAUGCCACACUUCAAUGUAAAAUUGAAGAAUUGACAAAAAAAAGUAACCAGGAAGCUAAAAUAACGGAAUGUAAUAAACCAGAAACAGAUACCAGGUAUCAGACGCUUAACGAGGAAUUGAGUAAGGAGCGUGCUAACCGAGAAUCGCUGAAGGAGGUUGUUGCGUCAGCAGAGAGUAUGCUUCGAGUAGCGCGCGCGCGGAUUGUGACCUUGGAGAGGCAGUUGAAGGAAGCGAGCACUACGCUUGAGACAACCCAACGCAAGUAUAAGGAUCUAGAGCAUUUGUAUCGUCAUCGAAAAUCAAGUUAUGAUGCGCGGUCCAAAAAACUAAUGGAAGUUUCGAAGACAGGUGAACUUACUAUUGAAAGUUUAUCCCGACAACGUGAUGCUCUGGAACUAAGAGUAAAAGAAUUACGGGAUCAAGCUGAAGCAUCUGAACGUGCAAUAGAGGCCAGACAGGCACAAGAAAGAGCUCGCGUCGAGAUGCUGCAGGCGAAGGUAGCAGAACAGGAAAAGUGCACAGCAGCUUCUAACGAGCAUGUUACAGAAUUAGAAUGUCGCAUUAAGGAAUUAGAGGAGCAGCUGAUUUUUUUACGGGAACGUUCAACACAUUUGGUUGAUAUGGAACGAAAGCGAUGCUUUGAAUAUAUUCCUUCGAGAGAGAGUGAACCAUCGGAUAGAGAAACAGAAAUUUGGAAAGAACUGCAAGCAACACGUGUGGCGCUAUCGCGAGCUGAAGAUGAGGUUCGCCAUUGCAAGGCUGAUAAAGAUAGUUUUUUAAAUUCUUUGUCGAAAAUUGCGCAAGAAGAAGGUGGUGAUAAGGAAGAUAAAAUGGCUGCAGAGUUAUUAAGUAGGGAGCAAAAAAUUAUGAAAUUACAGCAAGUUAUUGAUGAGCAGCAAGAAAACGAGAAAAUUAUGGAACAUAGUAUGACUGAAUAUGAAAACCAAUUAGCCGCACUACGGCUGGAAGUAAAACAGUUACGGAACUAUGAGUUAUACACUAAAGAAAUUUCUCAUCAAGACUUACAAACAGAGUUGUUGGAGCUGAGUAUGCAAGUGGAACAACUAACUCGUGAAAGGUCGGCGCUAGUAACUACGGCAGCAUCUCGUGCAUUGAUGUUGGAGCGACAUGAACGAUCUGCAGACUUGUUCACUAAAAUGACGCGUGCGCGACGGGAGCUCACUGCAUUCUUGGAGAACGGAACUGAUCCACCAGCCAUUAGCUAUAAUUUGCACACUGAGAUAUCACGAUCCUUGACAUCAAUGUGUGCACGUGCGGCCGACACUUGGUCCGCUCUCCGAGCGGAACGUGCUCGCGUACUUCAUUUAGAAAGUGCCGUGCUUGCGCACAGCUUGCAAUUAGAAAAAGAAGGAAGAGUAAGGACGCAACUUGAGCGACGCAAAACUUUGCUGGAAAGAGAAAUAGUUCGCACCCGACACACCGUUUCAACUUCAAAAAUAGUUAAAAAUAGAAGCUUGGUAGAUAUUUAAAUAUUACAUUUAAAUUCCAUUGCCAUUAAGACGUAAACUAAAAAAAUCCACUACA